AUGUCAUGGGACAUGCGGAAAGUGUACGUUUCGUCAUUGGUCAAGACGACAACUUCUCGACGACCUAAAGAAGAUAACUCCAGUCGCUUACUGACAUUUGAAUAUUAUCUAAAAAAGGAUACUGAAAACAUUAGAAUUUGCAAAAAGUUGUUUUUAAACACUUUGGAUUUGAAGGAGUGGAUGGUAAAAAUUUGGUUAAACCCAGCGGCUAAUAAUAAGAUAAAGGACAGCAACGAUAUAGCUAUGCCCAGUAGAUCAAGAUUACCUGUAGAAUUGAAAAAUGGAUUAGAAGUGUUAAACACCUUUUUAGACAAACUUAUCAAAUUAGAAUCACACUAUUGCAGACCAUCAACCCAAAGACUGUACUUGGAACCAUUGUUUCAAACAAAGUCUAAUGCAUACCGUGAUGAUAUUAAUGCCAAAGCUCUAAGUUUAAUUCAUUUUAAAAAACAAAUGAAAAUCAAUAAUAUAUUUGUCUAUAAACCUAAGAAAGACCAAUGCGAUGUGUGCAUUGGGUAUAAGACUAAGAACGUAUCGCAAAGAAAUUAUGAGACCCACAUUAAGAGAAAAGAUGAAGCCAGGAAGGAGAAAGAAGGAGACAAAAAAAUAGCAAUGAAAAUGGAAAAUAGAGUGAUUGCAGUCCUAACUAUGGACCUUCAGUCUGUGAAGCUUGCCCCUGUACUGCAAGCUUCUGCUAUUUACUACAAAACAAAAUUAUGCAUUCACAAUUUUACAACUUUUAGCUUAGAAAAGGCUUUAAAUCGGUCGAUCCCAGCUUCAGAAAUUUUACCUUUGCCGCAAAUAAAAGAAAAACCAAAUCGCUCUAAAUCAAGAUCACAAAAAUCCGAAAUACUCUCUAGUACUCCAUUUAAGGAUGAACUUGAAGAACUUGACGAUAUUAGGAAAGGAAAAGAAGAAAAAAAAUUGAAACAGCAAAGAGAAAACUAG